AUGCCGUCGCCCAUCGAAAGCAAGGAACACCCGUCGUCGACGUCCGGGUCAGAGAAAGUCAAGACAAAGCACCGUGACAUUGAUGAGGAGCACAAUGAAUCGGGACCAAAGCAUGCUCUAGUCGACAUGAGCACCAUCGAGCUCAAGGCCGAGGACUUGUACGAUAAGGAAAAGGUUGAUCUCGAGUCCAUCGAGCUUGAGGAUGUCUACACGCUUCUCCAAGCCACCGAAGGCGGCCUCACCGAGGAAGAGUCGAAGCGUCGGCUAGAGCUCUUUGGGCCCAACAAACUAGAGAGCGAAGAGCAGAACCCCAUCCUGCAGUUCCUCUCUUUUAUGUGGAACCCCCUCUCCUGGGUCAUGGAGGGUGCCGCCAUCGUCGCCAUCGCCCUUUCCAACGGUGAAGGCAAGCCUCCGGAUUGGCAGGACUUUCUCGGCAUCGUUCUGCUCCUCAUCAUCAACUCAACCAUUGGCUUCAUCGAGGAGCGCAACGCCGGAAAUGCAGUCAAGGCCCUCAUGGACUCGCUCGCGCCCAAGGCCAGAUGUCGCCGCAACGAACAAUGGAUUGAAAUUGAAUCCUCAGAACUCGUGCCCGGUGAUGUGAUUGCCUUCAAGAUCGGCGACGUCGUUCCUGCCGACUGCCGUCUCUUUGACGCUAUCAACGUUUCCAUCGACCAGGCGGCCCUCACUGGCGAGUCGUUGCCCACCAACAAGAAGGUCGGUGACCAAUGUUUCAGCGGAUCGACUUGCAAGCAGGGCGAGGCCGAGGCCAUUGUCAUCUCCACUGGCGCCAACACCUUCUUUGGCCGUGCCGCCGCCCUUGUCGGCCAGGAUGAUGACUCGACCGGUCACCUCCAGAAGGUCCUUGCCCGCAUCGGUCUUUUCUGCAUCGUAUCCAUCGCCAUCUUUGUCGUUGCCGAAAUCAUCAUCCUCUACGCCGUACACCGUUACAGUUACCGCCGCGGCAUCGACAACAUCCUCGUCCUUCUCAUUGGCGGUAUUCCCAUUGCCAUGCCCACGGUCCUCUCUGUCACACUGGCUGUCGGUGCCAGCCAGCUUGCCAAGCACAAGGCCAUCGUCACGCGUAUCACGGCAAUCGAGGAGCUCGCCGGUGUCACGAUCCUCUGCUCGGACAAGACGGGCACGCUGACGACCAACAAGCUGACCAUCGACCGCGAGCUCGUCAAGACAUACGGCUUCAUGAACGCUGAGGACGUUAUCCUGCACGCCGCCUAUGCCUCCCGUACCGAGAACCAGGACGCAAUUGACACAUGCAUCGUCGGCGCCGUCGGUGACGCCUCUCGGGCUCGUGCUGGAAUCAAGCUCCUCGACUUCAAGCCUUUCAAUCCCGUUGAUAAGCGCACCGAAAUUACGUACCUCGAAGAGGCCACGGGUAAAGUUAAGCGCGUCUCCAAGGGCAUGACUGGUGUCAUUAUCGACCUCUGCUCACGCAAUAAGACGGAGGCUCAGGAGAUGGCCCUCGAGAACGACGUCGAGGAAUUUGCCAACCGCGGUCUGCGCGCGCUCGCCGUCGCAUACGAAGAUGUGCCUGAUGGAACCAAGGAGGGACCUGGUACCGGCUUCGAGCUCGUCGGCCUUCUUGCCAUCUUCGACCCGCCCCGUGACGACACCAAGCAGACUCUCGACGACGCCAUGGCCCUGGGCGUGCAGGUCAAGAUGGCUACUGGCGACCAGCUGGCCAUUGCCAAGGAGACUGGCCGUCGACUGGGACUUGGGGACAACAUGUACAAUGCCAAGGCGCUCCAGACGGGACAGGUGCCCGCGGGCUGCCCUUACAAGACGCUCGAUGAGAUGAUCCUCAAGGCCGAUGGAUUCGCUGGUGUCUUCCCUGAGCACAAGUUUGAGAUUGUCAAGCGCCUACAGGCCUUGGGUCACCUCACAGCCAUGACUGGCGACGGUGCCAACGAUGCUCCUGCUCUUUCCCGAGCCAACGUCGGAGUCGCCGUCGAGGGUGCUACUGACGCCGCUAGGGGUGCCGCCGACAUUGUCCUCGUCGAGCCCGGUCUUUCGACUAUCGUCGAGGCCAUUCGAGGCUCCCGGAUCAUCUUCCAGCGCAUGAGAAACUACAGCAUCUACGCCUGCUCCAUCACGAUCCGUGUCGUCCUCGGUUUCGCCGUGAUGGCCUUCGCCUGGAAGUUUGACUUCCCACCGUUCCUCAUUCUGAUUGUCGCUCUUCUCAACGAUGGCACCAUCAUGACGCUCUCCCUCGAUCGUGUCCUGCCCAGCAACGAGCCGGACCACUGGGACCUUGUCGAAAUUUUCGCCUAUGCGAUCGGCUACGGCGUGUACCUCGUCGCCUCCACGCUCGCUCUCUUCGCAGUGACCUACCACACGACGUUCUUCGAGGACAAGUUUGGCGUCAAGGGUUACCAUUCGGACGUUAACGCAGGCGAGCUUCACAUGAUCAUCUACCUCUACACCUCGAUCACCAGUCAGGCACUCAUCUUUAUCACGCGUUCCCACGGAUGGUUCUUCACCGAGCGGCCCUCGAUGGCCCUCAUGGGCGCCUUUUGCGUUGCUCAGGCUAUUUCAUCAGUCAUUGCCGCCUUUGCCGACUGGGGCUUCACUCUCGUCAAGCCCAUUUCCGGUGGUUGGAUCGGCAUCAUCUGGGUCUGGUCCAUCAUUUGGCUCUUUCCCCUCGAUGUCAUCAAGUUUGGCAUGCGCCGCGUCAUUCGCGGAAUUCACAGCACCUCUGACCGACGGAAGCAACGCGCCGCCGAGAUGGCCAACCCAGAGGUGCACCGCACGACGAGCCGUCACGAGAGCUUGUACCGAAGCCGUACGACGUUCCUCCAGCGCGCCACGCGCAAGAUUGGUCUGGGCGGCAAGACUGUGCACAUGAACAGCAACGAGUUGAGCAGGCUCAGCUCGAUGCAGACGCAGCAGGCCAGCCGAAGGCUGUCCAGGCUGGGUUGA